AUGGCGCCGAUUCAAUCUUUGUCAGCACGGACGUACUUGGUCCUGGCCGGCGCGUUCUUCGCCGCCUGUGCCUGGGCUCAGAUCAACGACCCGGAUAGUCUACCUUGGAUGGCAGCCUAUCUGGGUUUAGGUACCCUGCUUAAUGCCGUGGUGGUGACUGGAUGGACCAGCGGCUUGCUGGCCAGCGUACUGCCCAUGGUGGUCGGUGGCAUCCUGGCCUUUGCUGGUCAUCUCCUGUACACCAUUCGGACCGAUCUGGACGUGACGCCCCAGGGGCCGAGCGCAUCCUGGCAGGACAAUGCUGCCGCUCUGGUCUGGCAAAUUCUCGAGCAUGAGCAAGGCCGCGAAGUCGGUGGCUUGCUGCUCCUCGCAGCCCACGUGGGUUUCUUGCGGGCCCUUGCCGGCGCCCAAGCUGGACGCACCACCGGCUGGGCCAACAAGCUCGCCGCCCUGGUGAUGGUGCUCGCCCUAGGGGGCGCGGCAUACGCAUGGCGCUUCCAGCCCGAGAUGAAUGCCCGCUACCACACCGAGCACUGUUCGGGUGCCUUCUCCAUGGGUCGGCAUUCUGACAACUGA